GAAUGGGUUUAACUUUAAACAGCUACGUGGAUCGACGGUAUGUAUAUUCACAAAACCAGAAAAAUUGGUGGCUGCGUUUGUUCUGUUUGACCGCCUCCACUCGCAAACAAGCGUCCUCUUGAAACUCUCUGUGUCUCGCUUGAGCUUCAGGAGGAGGAAGAGGAGGAUGUUGAUUUCUCGGGGAUUUUCUCGGAUUUCCAGGACUCAAAGAAGCCACAGCUUCGUACGAUGCGUUUGGUCUCUUUCUCAUCGGCAGGACCCUAUCCAUAAAUUAUUACCUUCCAAUGACUCUCAUUCAGCCGCCGACUACUCUACAAAGGUCUUCAAUUACAAAGAAACUUAUUCCUGGAAUUCGCCUGUCUUGCAUGGCAUUAGACGUGGAAUUCAUCAUCAAAGCAGCCCCUUAGUUGAGGAACAACUUGACCCGUUUUCACUUGUUGCUGAUGAAUUAUCGCUUCUCGCUAACAGGUUGCGGUCGAUGGUAAUCGCUGAGGUACCUAAGCUUGCCUCAGCUGCUGAGUACUUCUUCAAGCUGGGGGUGGAAGGAAAGCGGUUUCGUCCCACGGUCUUACUGUUGAUGGCAACAGCUUUGAAUGUACGGUUACCUGAACCACCAUUUAAUGGGGUAGGAAAUGCACCGACUACAGAAUUACGUACAAGACAGCAGUGUAUAGCUGAGAUCACGGAAAUGAUUCACGUGGCGAGCCUCCUUCACGACGAUGUGUUGGAUGAUGCAGAUACAAGGCGUGGUAUUUCUUCAUUGAAUUGUGUAAUGGGUAAUAAGUUAGCAGUAUUAGCAGGGGAUUUUCUUCUUUCCCGAGCUUGCGUGGCACUUGCUUCUUUGAAAAACACAGAGGUUGUAACAUUACUAGCAACAGUUGUAGAACAUCUCGUGACAGGGGAGACUAUGCAAAUGACGACAACAUCUGAGCAACGUUAUAGCAUGGAUUAUUAUAUGCAAAAGACAUACUACAAGACUGCAUCACUGAUUUCAAAUAGCUGCAAGGCGAUUGCCCUUCUUGCUGGGCACACAGCAGAAGUUGCAACAACGGCUUUUGAGUAUGGAAAAAAUCUGGGAUUGGCAUUUCAGUUGAUUGAUGAUGUACUUGAUUUCACUGGCACAUCAACUUCUCUUGGAAAAGGUUCUUUGUCUGACAUUCGCCAUGGUAUCAUAACGGCCCCCAUAUUGUUUGCCAUGGAAGAGUUUCCUCAAUUGCGUGCAGUCGUGGACCGCGGCUUUGACAACCCUGAGAAUGUUGAUAUAGCUCUGGAGUAUCUUGGAAAAAGUCGGGGAAUCCAUAGGACAAGGGAGCUAGCAAUGAAGCAUGCUAACCUUGCUGCUGAAGCGAUUGAAUCUCUACCAGUAACAGAUGAUGACGACGUUAGAAAGUCGAGGAGGGCACUUGUUGAUCUCACAGAAAGAGUUAUCUCAAGGAACAAAUAACAGAGGCCUAAAUUCGCAUCAACACAUUUUAACCUGUUAAAUUUUUUUUCCCUUUUAUCAUUAGUCCUGCAAGGUGAGGGUCAAGCUCCCUCGUGGUUCAUUAAUUUUUGUUACACUAGUUCUAUUUUUUUGACCUAUACUGUUUACCAUAUUCUAUCUUUGUAUAGCACAGUUACAGGCGGUUAGGGACGCACCAUAAUAAUUCAAUUAUCUGCGAAGCUGCGUAUGGUUUUCUUGAA